AUUCGCGUGUGUCGUUCAUAAACAUGGCAGUGUUUUGCGAGUGUGACGAACAAUGAGAGUUGCUGUCAUAUCGUGAUAAUUUCUUUCAAUAUUCCCGUUUCCCUUGUGAAAUAAAAUAGAGAUGCCGACCACAGGAGGAAACGACGAAAGGACUGGAUCUCCUCGUGAUAGUGGAGACGAAAGUGAAGAUGAAAGAGAAAUUUUAGAAGAAAGCCCCUGUGGAAGAUGGCAGAAGAGAAGAGUGAAGGUAACCCAGCGUGAUGUACCAGGCAUUGAUGUGGCCUACCUGGCCAUGGACAUGGAAGAAGGAAGAGAGGUGGUUUGGAACGAGGUCCAGUUCUCAGCUCGGAGAGAUUUCAAAGCUCAGGAGGACAAGAUUCAGGUUGUAUUUGACAAUCUGAUCCAACUUGAACACCCCAACAUUGUCAAGUUUUACAAGUAUUGGACGGACACCAAAUCAGAUAGAGAAAAGCCUAGGGUGAUCUUCAUCACAGAGUACAUGUCUUCAGGAUCUCUCAAACAGUUCUUGAAGAGGAUAAAGAAAGAUAAGAGGAAUAUACAAGAGAAAUCUUGGCGGAGGUGGUGCACACAAAUCUUAUCAGCGUUAAGUUACUUGCAUUCCUGUGACCCUCCCAUCAUUCACGGCAACCUCACAACAGAUACAGUCUUCAUUCAACACAAUGGCCUCAUCAAAAUUGGAUCAGUGGCCCCUGACGCAAUAAACAAUCAUGUGAAGACCUACACAGAGGAGCAGCGAAACAUGCAUUACAUCGCUCCAGAAUAUGGAGAUGGCAAUGUUUCAGUGGCUGCUGAUAUCUAUGCGUUUGGUAUAUGCGCUCUUGAAAUGGCCGUCUUAGAAAUCCAAGGUAAUGGAGACUCCAGACAUAUAUCACGGCAGGCCAUAAGGAACGCUGUUGAUAUGGUAGAUGACAUUGUUCAGAAGGAUUUUCUCCACAGAGCGCUUGAUGAUGUACAGAGGAGACCAACAGCCAGAGAUCUCCUCCUUCAUCCGGUUCUCUUUGAAGUUCACUCACUCAAACUACUAGCAGCCCAUAGCUUUGUCAAAAAUGAAAGUUUCCUCCAAGAACACUUAUCAGACAAAGAACAGAACAAAGUGCAAAAAGAUGAUGUAAUAGCAACUAUUAGACUUCAAGGUCAAGCUGAAGAAGUGCAAUGGAGAGUAUCUCAGGUGCCUGCUUUGGAGUUAGAAAAGUUCUUAGAAGAAGUCAGGAAUGGUAUUCAUCCAUUGACGGCCUUCGCCAUGAAGAGGUCUUACCCGGUCAAGAUACGGCCUCAGAGUCCAGAGACGCAGGAAUCGGUCAAGAGUGCCACACCAGAACCGAUUGAUAUGGAAAAUAGGAAGAUCACUAUGAUGCAGUGCGAUGUCAGGCAAGGCAAGGAAGGAGAGGAGAGUCCAACGAAUUUGCAUUUGGAACUGUUGUUGAGGCUGGAUGAUACGAUGAACAGACAGUUGAGCUGUGAAAUUACCGCAGAGGAGAGUCCACGAGUACUUGCUAAUGAACUGGUCCAGUAUGGCUUCAUUAGUGAUUUUGACAAAGACAAAGUGGCGGGUAUCAUUGAGGAGAAGGUGAAUACCGUUAUACAGGGUGCCAUCGCCAUAGCAACGUAGCAUACGCCCCACCAGUACUACCACUCAUCACUGCACCCAAUCAUGUAAACCACACCCCCAUGGCCAAAUCAAGCUUCGUCUAAUUCCUAUCUUGUCAUGUGACAUGUCAUAUGACCUGUGUUGGAUUGUACAGUUGUACAGUCUGCUCUGUGGUCCGUUAGAUACCGCUGUGCCAUUAUUAUAUGAGUUCCAACUGCACGUUCAGCAUGUGAGUGCGAUGACGCACAAACGUUUUUGUACAGGAGGUUCUAUUUUGUCGGAUGUUGUAGUAUAUUGGAUGCUUGUAUGCUGAUGCUGUACGGAUAGUCUUUGAGCCUAUCUCGGCUCGCUGUCUACUAUUCAGCUCUGUUACAACUUUUGAACUUGACCAGCAAUUAUUCCCUUUUUAAAAAGACUAAGGAUGGUUCCAGUCAUUUUUCCCCCAAGGGCCCGGACACCUAAAGGCAGCAUAAUGAAACUACCUGGGGGCAAGGAUACAUCUCGAUCAGUACCAUUGUAGGAGAGCAUUUCUAUUGUGUUUCCAGGUGGCGAUGCCCCUUCAUCCAGGAUGUAACCGCUGUUUAGUCAUAUUCCUUGGAAACAAACAACAAACCGCUGUCCAAAUGAGAUUUCAUAGUGAUGUUCCUUGCAAGAGAAGCAGAAUGGAAAGAGAAUACUAGAAUUGUUUGGCAUUCUCGUUACACCAGAAUAACUUGUUAACAUCUCUGCUACCAUGUCAGCGCAUUCAUGCUCUGCCUGUUAACGACAAUGGAUUGACCAUUCGGUCCAUUUAUAGGUAAUGCGAACCCUUUUUUGUUAAACAUGCAAUUUAUCUCUGAACACUACCUUCCUUGCACAGCAAGUGUACAAGUCUUACUUGACUGUUAUCUCACUGCUGACAUUUGUUGUUGAAAUUUUAAAGUUGUAUUUUUUUUUGAUAAGGUGUUGCAUUGAAAAAGAUUUAAUUAAUUGUUAUUUGAUGCCUUGUUUGAAUAUGGUGAAUUUGAUUGCGGGAAAUCAGACAAGAAAGAGAGAGAGAAACAGGGGGGGGGGUUAUGUGUGUUAGAGCAGAGAGGGAAAGAGAGAAAAUCAAUAUUGAGGGAGAGAGAGAGAGAUGAAAAAAAGAGGCAAUUCACAUGUAUAUAUAACAUUAUCACUUUAGCUCUAGCAUAUUUAUGCUUCUGUCCAUUCCUGCAUUAAAAAAGUACCGAAGUAUCGACGAGCUAUUGCAUGAUUCUGUGUGAAGUCGGUUUGAUAUGUAGAAGCCAUUUCACAGAGCUUUGAUAAAGGGGGGGGGUUGAUGAUUGCCAGUAAUAUCAAGCUUAGAUUGGAUUAUUUCUAAGAGGGAAUGACAGAUGUGUACGGCAAGAAAUAAUAUAUUGAAACAUGUGUGACGGGAACCACUCACAUAUGAGACAAGAAAGGUUGUCUUUUUGAGUAGGUGGUCUCUAUAGGGAGGUUCUUGUAAUACGCUGAAACCUGUAUAUAAAGACUACCCAAGGGAUACAAGAAAAGUGGUCUUUAAGAGCAGGUAUUCUCUGUUGACGGGUCAUUGAAAUAAAGUGAAAAUUGCAGGUCUAUAUCUUUUUCUUAUUGUUUUCUCUAUCCUUUUUAUUGCAGUGGUUAAAGAAGUUCUGAAUUUAUUUUCUUUGGAUGGAUUUUUUUUAGAGGAAUCAAAGGUGGUUGCUGCAUGGUUGAAGAUUUUUUUUUUCUUGUGCUAUGAAGAGGAAGAAGAGUAAAGAGCUAAAUAGGCAAAAAAAAAAGACUUGAUGUUACAUGACUUUUGGCAUACAUUAAAUGUAUGAAAUGCUGCACUGUUGUAAAGAUGAUGAUAGACAGUUUAAUUUCUAGAGAGAAUUAUUUUGUGGCAGCUUGAGAAGUGUGUAUAAGUAGACUUCUACCAUGGAGUUAGGACUGAAUUUCGUUCUUUGCUGCACCAUACAUAUUUCUGAACUUGGUCAGCUUGGUUUAACGAUCAUGCUAAAAGUGUAAUGAUUUAUUGCCCAAGCAGCUCAUUAUGGGAAAUAACAAUUGCAAGCUACCCUAGCAGACCAGUGUUAAAUAAUCAGCCCUAGUAUGUUUGCUGUUAGUCUUGGAGAAGCGAAGGAAAUUGGUAUAGACUGGGGAACCAGAAGUUACCUUGAAAUAUUAAUUCAUGGUGCAGGGUGAUAGAUAGAGAUCAUGAGACCUGGUAAAAGUCUAGUACUUGGGGUUAAUAAAAACUUUAAAAACACAAAGUAAAUGAUGAUCCAGGGCUCGGUUGAAUUUGUAUUGUCUGAAUAUUUAUCACAUACAUGUAAGGCCAAUAAGCUCGCAUGACAGACAGACUGUAAUAUGCACGUCAAUUAGCCUUUUGAAAAUUCUGUACGCCCCUCAUGAUUUGUGAUUUUACUGUCUCUUUAAUAUAAAACCAGGAGCUGAGAACUUGAGGGUUUUGAAACAGGGGCUGCGAUGGGAGUGUGGGAUUUAUACAAAGGCUUAUGACUGUCUUUUGGAGACUCGCUGUCGACAGUGCAACAAGGGAGAGGAAAGAAUCAAUUAAGCUCCCAGACACGACAGCCGUGUGUUCUGGGAGUCACCAAUAGGUCACCUGACAUUAGCUUGUCAUGUGACACAAUGUGAAGGUCAGGUGACUCAUUAUUAUGCUGCAGCAGAGGUAGUGUAUAUCUGUGUGUGUUUGUUACGAGUGUGUGAUGUAACACCUGCUUCCAUGGCAAGGAGGAAAGAGAUAGAUUAUGAUGAUAGCAACUGUGAAAGAUGUCUGAAGGAGGGUUCUAUUUCAUAGAGUGAACAAACUUUAUGAAUUUGAAAAGUUAGAAAGUUUGUCAAUUAGGCGCCACUAGGCCAUUAUGAUUUUCAUGUUUUUAUAGUAUUGUAAUAAACUAUGAGACGUUUUGUGCUUUAUCCCCAAAGACAAAUGUAAAGGAUUCUCAGUUGUUCAGAUUUUACAUUUUGUGAGACUUUUCAUAUACGCCGUUAUGUUGCUGAAGCGCAUGCUGCACAGAAUUCCUAUUCUACCAUUUCUAGGAAGAAGAGAUAGUAGCUCACAGAAAAUAGCUUUGCGCUACUGAAUGCUCUAAUUUCUGCAAUUUAUUUCCUUAAAGAAUUUAUUUUGCACCAUAUUCUUGUUUCAUCAUCGUAGAGAUAUUCAAUUUUUAUCGAAACCUAAAAGCUUGAUCUGCGAUUAAAGGUAGUACCGAACGACUAUGACUCACCAAUGUUUCUACAUUUCAGUGCAAUUUUUUUUAUUAUUUGUUUUCAGAAGACUAUUGUUGAAAAGUUGAUAUCAGCCAUAGGUACUUUUCCCCCCCUUUUUUUGAGGGGGGCGGGGGUUGAUAUUUCGUGUUUUUUGCAGGUGUUACUUUGUAGACAGUACCCAUUUCUCAGGCCUUACCGCUUCUAUUCUCUAUUUUUGUUUAUUUGAUGCUCAUGAAUUGAUUUAUGUAAUGUUAUUUACUUUGUAUACAUAUACUUAUUAUUAUUCUCUCUCUUCUCUUCAUGUAUCCUAUCGAGCACAUAGAGCAUUUGGUGAAGUGCCUUUUCCCCGCAGUAACAAAGCGCCUCACCAUUGCUCUACUUGCUAUGUGUGUAUGUUUUAUUGUAUGAUCCAUUAUGUCUCUAUUGCUUGCUUCGUAUAUAUCUUUUGCUGCCUUGAUAUCUUGUAAGCUUUGAGCCAAAUGUAAAGAGAUACAUAAUAUUUUCACAAAUAUUACAUUCUAAUGAAAGCCAAGUGUUGGAAACCUGAAAUUCAUUCAUUUUUGUAAAUUUGAAUAUUGUUCAUUUUCAUAGCAAGAAUUUAAAGUCAGAUGAAAUAAUUUCCUUCUUUUCUGUAUUUCGUAUACCCAUAUUGUAUGGAAGAUGUUUCUAAAAUCGUACACCAUAUGGUAAUUUUGUUUUUAUAGAUAUGAAUAAAUCUGUUUACACCUCUGUGAUGUAACCAAGAUAAGCCUUUACACUUUCCUAAAAAGGUACAUGCAUAGCAUUGAAAUCUUUAUCUCAGUUUCUCUGUGUGUUCCCACCCUUUCCCAAGAGAUUAAUAUUGAUAAUAAUAGGAAUUUAUAUAGCGCCAUCUAUCUAGAAAUAUUCUAUUCUGAGGCGCGUUGUUAUUACCCGGCUUUACCCCUCAAACAUAUGAAAUUAAAGUUGGAACGAAGUCUAUAUUAAAGACUGUAGCUUCCCUUCUCGAUUGAGACAGUUUGCCAGUUUAGGGUCUAGUGAUGCCAAGUUUCAUACCCGUAUGCUCUACUAUUCCAUAACAUCAAUUAUGUAUACAUUAUGAAUAAUUAUAAAAAUAUCAAUCAUAUCUACUGUAAGUAUGUACAGACCAAGAAAUUAAGGAUCUUGGGGGUGUUUCACAAAGAUUUAAGUAUGACUUAAGUCGCACUUAAUUGUCGACGCAUACAUGAUAUGCAACGCGCGAUCGUGUUGAUAGAUACGCAGUAGCGUGCAUCCUCAUGACACGUUCUGACCAAUGCGAUCAGGCCUUUCAUACCGUACGCAACUCGGUAUUAAAGUGCGACUCUAAGUCAUACUUCAAUCUUUGUGAAACACCCCCCUUGUUUCACUCUUCAUUCUACUAUGAUUAUAUAGAAAUAUUUACUUGUGUACAUUCCAAUUACAAUGUUAAGGUAAAGGGCGUGAAUAAGACUCAACCGUGUGUUCAUGUAUGUAGCGUUACUCACAUAUGAUACUAAUCUAUGAAUUUUUGGUGUAUGAAUCAUAUAGUGUUCUCUUCAAACAAUUCAUGCAAUUUGAUGAUACAUACAUGUUUAUGUGAAAUGUUUUGAAUAUUAACAGUUGAUUACAUUGCAUAUUUAAUAUAAAACGCUUUUGUGUUAUUGUAUCUCAUGCCUUCAAAUGAAGUCAUCAUUCAUGCAUAUAUAUUUAUGCUCUAUUGUUUUGUCAGUAUUUUAUGAGAAUGAACAAGGAUGAUUUCUUUUCGUAUUUGUUGAUAUACUUUACCAUAUUGCUCUCAUUUGAUGUUAUUUAUAGAAUGAGGUACCAAAAUCUUUGUUUAUGACAAAUUGCUCUCUGCCAAGUCGUACCCCUUGUCUGUCAGUGAAUUUCACCAAGUGCCCAAGCUAGAAGCAACGAGGCUCCAUUACCUUAUAGGUAAUAGUAAUUUUACUAAAAUGUUUGAAAGUAAAUGAAGCAUUACCAGACUAUUAACAUCUGUCCUCUCAAUAACAGAUCCCCUUUAAAGGACUACUAGGGCCCUGUGACAUAAAUCUUAGCAAGUGAUUAUACAAUGAUCUGUUGCGAUUGAUUGCAUUGGCUACAAUGCACAUUUAAUCAUAAAAUCAAUUUUGUAUUCAAUUAUUAAGCUGUGUAUCAUGGGACCCAGUGGUAGUAUUUCAUACAGAUGUUUGUAAAUUUAUAAAUAAAAGUUACUCAAUAUUUGCCCCCAAAAUAGAACCUUUACAUUAUAUGGCUCCGAGGGUUCCUGAUUUCAACACAAAAUUUUCAUUGGCGUUCUAAGAUCUAAUUUCCGACCAAAUCAAGCAAGUUUUAACUAAAAUAGUCCAGUUCUUCCAAUUUGAAAUGGCUGAAUUUUUUUUUUCAUCGUUUCCCUUGCCGCAAGAAAGUUACAACCCAGUGUCUAUUACUUUGGAAGAGAUGAAAGGGCAGAGAUUCUACAUGUUUGUGUUCAUGGUUUUACAUGAGCAUUUGUACUGUAUAUGCAUACAUACACAUAUUUCCCCAUGCAAAUAUCAAAAUUAAAUGGGAUGAAUUCUGUCCGAAUGUGCGUUCCUAACUUUCACACAAUCUGGCCGAUUUGACAUUUCCUGCAGUCACCGUCAUACAAUGGAUAAGUCUAUGAUUCUCAAGGGGUAUCCUACAUGUACAUGUAAAUGGUGACGGGCGGCAGUUUUUAUCGUUUACACGUAAUGUGUCGACUUGAUUUUGCGUCUUGGGCAUCAUGGAGAGACAUAGGAAAGCCGUACAGAGGCCAUGAUAAUGAGAUCAUGCAGAUAUCGUAUGAUGCCUGUGUGCUGAUUGUAUUAGAGCCCUGCGCUGUUUGUAGAAUUCCCCUGGGAUGUGUAUAACGCUGCAAUUUUGACAAACACUGUGUAACUCCACGCUACAGAACAUAAUUGUAGACCCUGCGAUGUUUUGUGAAUUCGUGCGAAAAUUGCACAAAUCGCCAGAUUGUAUAAUUAGCAGGAAACGACCAUCCGAUGGAUACCCUACGAUGAUUGUAGACCAAAUAUGAAGGAAUAUUACAGACCAAAAAUAUGAAACUGAUUAAAGAUUUUCUGUCUUCACUGCACCUAAGUGCUCACAUGCACUGAAUACUGUAGAGCUGAAAGGGGGAAUAGCUUCAUAGACAUAUCCCCAAUUUAUUUAGUGCAUAUUGUUUCUGUUUACUUCAUAAUACAUGUAUACAUAAAUUGAUGAGUGAUUGGAAGUGUUAUGAGUGACCAUGAUAGUCUACUUACGUGUACAACAUAUGAAUGAUGUGUUUCUUUUGACGGAAUUGUGCCUUUAAUUUUGAUUCCAUCUCAUUGAUUUGAUUCAUUUUUUAAUGUCCUUUUGAUGUCUUUUUGAAAAAAAAAAGCAAGUGCUAUUUUCUGUUUAACAAUGUAAGUCUAUUAUGGAAGUUGCCAUUGGUUUGAUAUGAUAUGAAAGAUUGUUCUCAUUUAAUGCGUUGUUUAUUAAUGAUCAUCAUUGUUAUUGUACAUGUACAGUAAGGGUUGAAUGUUGUUUUUGACUGCGUUCACACUUAAGCCAAAUGGGCACGUGUUAAGAUGCUGCAUAUGGAUUAGUCUGCAAUGUCGUUAAGAAACGUUGCUUAUAACUGCUGUGUUCCUACCUGGAGUCAUAAUUGAUUGAGUUUAGGUUUUUAAAAAUCAAAUCUUUAAUUCUCAAUAAUAUCUUAUCCAGGUUCAUGAAAACAAUCUUAUUGAUUGAUCAUAGUUGAUUUUAAAACUUGAUUAAACACUGAUCAAAGUAACAAAUACAAAUCAGGCCUUAAUAUUAAAGAUAAAAAAUAUACCAGUUGUGGUAACGAUCUCAAAAUAAGUUCGAAGAGAAUCCAAUAAGUUAACCACCCAAGUGUUUGUAUGUAUAAAUGAAAAAUAUGUGCCAAAAGGCUCUGGAAUUUCUCACAUCUGAUAUGAAAGGGGGAUUUUGAAUUUUUCAUGCUCAAGCCUGUUUUAAGAUCUUAUUGCUUUUUUCUAGUAUCGAUAGUUUCAAAUUCAAUUACAAUAAGUACUAACAUGACUAAGAAACCUAUGUCGAUGCAGUAUGCACGUAAUCUUUACAUUUGCAUUUUAUCAGUCCAGAGCUGUUCACACGGGCAUUUUUUUUACUCUGCCUUUUCUUCAGGUAUGAACACAGCAGUUUGUUGAUCCCCUUCCCUGUGUCGUUCUAUUUGAUCCAUGUCUUCCUUGUAUGCACUCGCCAGUUAAAGCUGACAUAUUGGAUAGCACCAUCUGUAGUCUGUAUUAGAUUAAACAGACAAAUUAAUAAGCACCUAUAUUGUAUUAAGUCUGUCAGUAAUAUGUAGCAUCCAUGUUUUAAUCCGAUUCUAUUUAGUCCCCGACUACGAGCCUAGCGGGGUUCACGUCGCACUCACAGAGAUCACCCUCACCCCCUUCCCUCGCUUUACUCUAUUUGUUGCACCCCCCUCCCUUAACCAAGCCCUCCUCAAGUUCCCUCUACCAAUGCAACAUUUUGCACUCUGCACCAUUUUCAAUGGAAUAUACAUGUAAAAGCAUGGAGGUAUAAUCAAUACAACUCUUCGGAAUUAACUUAAGAUGCAAGUGAAGGCGGUUUUCAAACUAGUAUGCAGGCUCGUAGCACAGUCAAUCCGUAUUUGUAGAUAUCUCCUUGUAUUUGGUAUGAAAUACCUGAAAGCAAUUGUGUAAUUAUGUGUGCUUCUUGUAGACUGAUAGGUAUGUAAGUAUCGAGUUGAAUUCAUGGUGCAAGUCAUACUGUAUCUUCAUAAAUUCUCAAAUUAUUGCAGAUGUUAUCAAUAUUAAUGUCUAACAAUGAUAUUGUUUUAUUGUUUACUUUUGGCUCUUAAUUAUUUAAUUUUAUUAGUUUGAUUUUAAAUUCUGACUUCAUGUAUUGCAAAGAACAAUAGCGAUACACUAUACAGUGCAUCUUUCCAUACUAGUCGGUAGAAGGUCCAUGGUCCAACAAAAAAAAAGAAGAGAAUUAUCAAUGAUCUGUCAAAACUUAAUCACAAAUACAAAUGGCCUAUCAUUGUAAAUCUUAGUCUCCCUUUUCAUUCGGUAUAAUUUAGAUGACUCCUUGUUCGCGCAUGAGUGUGUAAAACUAAUUUGAAGAUUGGAUAUUAAUGAAGUCAACUGGCAGAUGGUAUCUGAAUUUAAAAAAGAACGUCACA